GGCAGGGCAGGGCAGGGAGAUGAUGGCGGCGGCCCAUUGCUGCCCCCUACCUAGUCCAGCCUGACAGCUGUUUGGGUGCACGAUGUCACUCCCAUGCUGUUCCUGCUUCUCUUUUACUUUCGUUUCUGCUCUCUGAGCUCUCGGCUCUGGGCAGGCUCUUAGCUACUGCUUUCGAAACAGGAGGCAGGGUCUGGUGCUGUGAGGAGCACUUGCUGGGCAGAGGAGCAGGGACAUCUUUAAGUUGUUGACAAAGCCACCUGAGAUGCCCAAGUUCACCUUCAGGGAGAGGAGGGCGGUGGGGGACCGGUUUGUGCAGUUCCUGAAGGACAUGGGGCAGGAGCACGAGAGCAGCAGGGAAGUGCUGAGGGGCAUCUACAGCUGGAAGUUCAAGAACAGCCUGGUUGGGGAGACGGUGCCCAGCUUCUCCUCCGUGCUCUAUACCAUGGGGAAGAGCAGCCGGGCUGAGGUGCGCGGGGAUUUUGUGCGCUUUGGCAAGGUGAAAAAGACGGUGGUGGUCGCAGACAUGUACCGGAGGCCUCAGCCCAAAGCUGGUGACCAGCCCACUGCAGACCAGACACCCGGCCCUAGCCAGGGUCCCCGCAGAGGGCGGGCCAGGGACAGGGCCGAGUUCAUCAGCACCAAGCAUGGGGUGAACGUGGUCUCUGAGCACGACCGGGUCAACGGCCGCAUCCGUUUUGCUGUCACCCGCAAUGUGCCCAAGACGGUCACAAUCCAGGUGCAGAACAACGGCACAGGGCCUGUCACGUUCCUGCGGUGCCGGCCACUGCGGCGCCAGCGGGAACUCAAGUUUCACGACACGCAAAAAGUGACCUGUGGCCAGAGCCUGCUGUUGGCACCAGGUAACACCCACCUGAUCGAGGUGCGGUGCCUGACCCAGAACUACGGCUACUUCCCCGUUACGCUGCUGUUUGAGUUCACGGCCGACGAGACCGGCCCCUUCUCUACCGGGCGCUUCGUGUCAGCCGUGGCCAACAGCCGGCUGGCGGAGGAGCUGGGGCCCACGGCGCCCUACACGCCAUACCAGGACGGGCUGCAGAAGCCCCUCACCGUCCUCACGGAGGAGGGUGUCCCACCCGACAGCUCCCAGCGCUCUGAUCUGGAGCAGGACAUCCCGCUGCCCCAGUACAACUACCCACAGAGCCUAAAGGACACGAUCCGGCACGUGCCUGGCACUGGCACCAACAACGAGUGGGCCAGGCUGCGGUCCUCCUUGGACGCGCCCCUGCAAUUUGGGAAUUACAUGGAGAAGUUCCAGCUGCUGCUGCACCUCGAGGAGGUGCAGAUGGAGGUCGACAUCCGGCGCUACGACCUGCAGAACACUCCGAUGGUGCACGACUCGGACAACAAGCGGCUGCUCGUCCUGAAGGUGCCCGGCGUGGCCGAGAACCGCCCCUCUGUGCUGAGGGGCGACCACUUGUUCGCGACGCUGAGCAGCGAGCGUGGCCGCCGCGGGCUGGUGCAGUACAAGGGCUAUGUGCACCGCGUGGAGCUGGAGCGUGUCAAGCUGGGUUUCUCCAAGGGCCUGCUGGAUUGCUUUGUGAACAACCUGCUCUUCGACGUGACUUUCACCUUCAACCGGCUGCCCCUGCGGGUGCAGCACCGGGCUGUCCAGCUGGCCACAAAGCAAGACCUGAAGGACGUCCUCUUCCCCUCCUUCUCUGCUGAGAUGUCCUUCCUGCAGGACGGUGCCCAGCUGCGCCUCUUCGACCGGAGCCUGGAGAGCAACAAGGAGCAAUGCGAGGCUGUGAGGGGCAUCGUGUCGGGGCUGUCCAGGCCCGCGCCCUACCUCAUCUUUGGGCCGCCAGGGACAGGCAAGACGGUCACCAUGGUGGAGGCCAUCAAGCAGGUGCUGGACCGCAUCAAGGGGUCGCACGUGCUGGCCUGUGCGCCCUCCAACAGCGCCGCCGACCUGCUCUGCCAGCGCCUGCUCCAGCACCGGGACGCGCGGGAGAUCUACAGGCUCAACGCCAGCAGCCGGGACUACAGCCAGGUGCCCGCGGCCAUCAAGCCCUGCUGCAACUGGGACAAGGCGCAGGGGUCCUACGUGUACCCUGGCCGGGACGAGCUGCAACGCUACAGGGUCCUCGUCACCACGCUGGUCACGGCAGGGAGGCUGGUCUCGGCGGCGUUCCCUCCGGGCCACUUCUCCCACGUUUUCAUUGAUGAGUGUGGUCACGCCGUGGAGCCGGAAAGCGUGACCGCUGUCGCAGGUAUGCUGAGCGUGAUGGACCAGGACACCAACCCCGGAGGUGGGCAGCUGGUGCUGGCAGGGGACCCCAAGCAGCUGGGCCCCAUUUUGAGGUCCCCGCUGGGCAUCGAGCACGGCUUGGGCGUUUCGCUGCUGGAGCGGCUCAUGCACCACAACUCACUGUACCAGAAGGCAGGUGGGAGCUACAGAUCCCAGUUCGUCACCAAGCUGCUGAGGAACUACAGGUCCCACGCCGCCAUCUUCGAGAUCCCCAAUGAGCUGUUCUACGAGGGGGAGCUGCAGGAGCACGCUGACCGCGGCAUCACCCACUCCUACUGUGCCUGGCCGGAGCUGCCCAAGCAGGGCUUCCCCAUCAUCUUCCAUGGGGUCCAAGGGGAGGACCAGCGGGAGGAGAAGAGCCCCUCCUUCUUCAACGUGGCCGAGAUUGACGCCGUGGUCACCUACCUCAAGAAGCUACUGAAGAGCCAGGCCAAGAAGGGCGUCCCCCGCAUCUCGCCCAAGGACAUCGGCAUCAUCUCCCCGUACAGGAAGCAGGUGGAGAAGAUCCGCAAGGCCAUCACCAGCCUGGACCAGGAGCUGAAGGCACUGCCAGACAUCCAGGAGCUGAAGGUCGGCUCCGUGGAGGAGUUCCAGGGCCAGGAGCGGCGCGUGAUCCUCGUCUCCACCGUGCGCAGCUGUAGCGAGUACCUGGACAUGGACGAGCAGUUCAAGCUUGGCUUCCUCAAGAGUCCCCAGAGGUUCAAUGUGGCUGUCACCAGGGCCAAAGCUCUCUUGAUCAUCGUGGGCAACCCGAUGGUCCUCAGCAAGGACCCGCACUGGUCCAGGUUCCUGCAGUACUGCCUGUCGGGACAGGGGUACACGGGCUACCCGUACAGCGAGGACGCCAUGGACGGAGAUGCCCUGGCUGACGAUCUCGGCGCCCUCAACCUGAGUGAACAGCCAGCAGGAGCCCAAGCAAGGGAGAGCCACCUCCAGCAGCAAGUGGAGCCGAUGUGGAGACACGAACACUGAGCGCUGCAUCCGUGUCCUUUGCCUCCUGGCCCCUCGUGUCUGCCUGGCUCUGCUCCUUCCCCCGUCCUGCCCCCUGUGCUGCGCGGAGGACGAAGAGCAGUGCCGGGGCCGCUGGGCCAGCUUCUUUGCACAGUGCGCUUCUACCUCUCUCCUACCUCAUGGUCUCCGGGUUGGCAUGUCUCUCUGUCUCCCACCCUCCUCCCUUUUCGAUGACUAAGCCCCACUCUGUGCUUGCUGAAAUGGAAAUUGCUUUGGUGAAUGGAAAUGGAGCAGAGAGGAGACCUCCCUGGCUGAGGACUGCGACUUACACCCCAGGAAACCAGCCCGUCUCCCCUGGGCAGGGAUGCAGCCCGGAGCUCUUCUUCCCGUGGGGUGUCUGAACCUCAUGCUGGGUCCCUGCACGCAGGGCAGCUGCUAACUAGCACACCGGGUCCUGCUUCCACCAGCUCUGGGGAAAACCCAAGGUGCCCAGCCUGGCAGACCUGUCUUAGUCUUAUUCAGUUAUUUUUCUGAAA